AUGCUGGAACUUCUGAAGAGCUUCGGGUUUCUAUCUCUCAGGGACUUUUUAGCAGCCUAUGGUGUCGCAGAUCUUCCAGACAUAGUGGACAGGGUAUAUGUACGGGCAAGUCGUACACCUGUAGUUUCUUCGUUCAAAAGCACCCAGAAGGACGUAGAGCUGAUUUCAAAAGCGGUCAGGACACUCCUUAUAAAGAAUCGAGACAACCAUCUGUGUGCAGGAUACAAAUGGUGGAGCCCAGGGCUUCCUGGAGCUAGCACCAAAAUCAUAUGCUACUUCCCGAACUCUUCCUCAAGAAUCCUUAGGUCUCAUGAGUGGAGUUGGCUGAUGAGAUCGAUCGGCGAUGAACUGGCUUUUUUCAUACUUACGGAAUGUCUUGUAAUUCAGAUGCUGAACAGCGGCUAUGUCUUUCUAGCAGGGGAUUUCAAGAGCCUCAGCGGAAUGGCAACUGAAAGAGUAAGCAACGCCAUAGGAAGGAACGUGCUUUUCUACAAGGAGACCAGAAGAAUAAGCUUUUGCUCGUUGUCUGCAUUUGAGUAUGUCUUCGAGGCCCACAACUCUGAAAAGUACAAGGUAAUACAGAAGGACGCAAGAGAUGUAUUGGAGAGCAUAGAAAGGCGGUGGAAGAAGAUAUCCACCCAUGCAAUCUUCAAAUCCUUUUUUAAGGAUGAGCUUGCCAUCGAAGAUAAGAGCAGCGCUCUGGAGUGUGGCGUCAAGCAGUCUAAACUUGUGAAUUUCCUGUUCCUCAUUUCAAAGAAACUGUUCAAGGAUGCCUUCGACCUGCAUGGAUUCAGAAUACUAAAGUCCAGACUGUCUCUUCUGAUCCACAGGAACCGCUAUGAAACAGUCAGUAAGAAUGAGCUGGUAAAGUACUUUAGAAUUUCCCGGUUCAAGUUCUUCAGGACGUUGAGAUGCACAAGAAGCGAGUUUGUCUUCAGAUUCAGAGUUUCGUCGAGGUUUCUGGUCUACAUCACGGAGAAGCUGAUAAUACCGAUCAUCUCGAAAUAUUUCUAUUGCACGGAGACAUCCUUUUCAAAGUUCAAGGUGCACUACUUUCCUAGAUCCAUUUGGCGACACUUCUCAAGCAUUCAUAUCGACAGAUUCUUGGAGAAAUUUGAGCCCGCAAAAGGAAGCACAACCCAUUCCUAUUCUGAGUUGAGGUGUAUUCCGAAGAUGAAUGGAGCCAGAAUUAUUUCGAACAUGUCCAAGGCCAGGAAUGGAAGGCCGUCGAUCAACAAGAGCAUUUAUCCGGAAUUUUGCGUUUUGAGACACGAAACCCACGGGAUGCUUGGGAACUCGAUUCUAAACCAUUCCGGAAUGUAUGAAAAGCUCUCCUCCUACCUGUCUCGGUCCGUAAGGCCCCUAUAUAUCCUAAAGGUUGACCUCUCUGGAUGCUUCGAUAACAUUCCUCAGGACGAAGUUGUGAGUCUGGUCAGGAGGCUCCUGCAUAAAAGCAGGUACCACACAAAAAGCUUCUCUAUAUUGGAGGAGGUCGGCGGAGAGCUGAGGAGCAGGUAUGUCUGCAAGGUUACUGAAAAUGCGGAAACCAUCAACGAACUAAUGAUGGAGCCAGGAGCCUUUGUGAACAAAGUUGUAAAGGAAAAUGCCAGCCAGAGGAUCCUAAGCAGGGAGGAGGUUGAGGGAGCCAUGACGAAUAUGAUCAAGAGGAACUAUGUAAAACACAACGGGAAACUCUUCGUUCAAAAGACCGGGAUUGCCCAGGGGUCUGUGGCAUCCACGCUUCUGUGCAGCCUGUACUACAAGAGCAUCGACGACCUAUAUUUUGACAGAGUCUUCAAAGAGGGCAUACUUACACGGUAUGUCGACGACUUCCUUGUGAUUUCGCCAUGCAUAGACGAAAUAAUGAAGUUUCUGGAGGUAUCCCAGUCGAUCUCUCAUCUGGGAAUCAACUUCAGCAAGGAAAAGAUGGAAUCAAACUUCGGGCUGGAGGAGCAUUUAAAAGCGGCAUCCAGCAUUUCCGAACUAUCGAAGCACAAACACAGCAUGAAGAUAACGAAUGCGCCUGUUGGAUGGUGCGGAACAAAAAUAUACUCUGAUGGCUUCUCAAUCAAGUCACAGACCGCGGAUCCGUAUCUUCCUUUUUCGAUUGCCCAUAGCUCGACGAAGCCUGGAAGAGCUCUGGAGUCCAGGAUGAGGAAACUUCUACAGAACAGGAUGUCCAGAAUCUACAUAGAUCCAAAUAACAAAAAAGCAUACGAAAAUAUAUAUGACACGUUUUUAUUCUAUGGGAAAAAGCUGGGGCUUCUUCUUGGGAGAAUGGACUUUAUUAACCGCUCCUUUGCCAGAAGGACCCUUGAGCACUCUAAACGCUUUGCUUUUAGGAUCUGCAGAAAACACGGAAUUUCUAUAACAAGAAAGAAAAUAGAGGACAUAGCAUCCAGGGCUUUUGACCAGAGUGGAGUCAGCAGGAUCGUGCUGACUCCCUGA